AUGGGGUAUAAGAGUGCCAGUUACAAGAGUGAGAGGCCAAGGGGGACAUGUGGAGUGUAUGCCUUGGACCUGGUGGCGCAAAUAAUUAUGAUUUAUGAGCGCCCUCCUGGUGUGGGGUGUCUCCAAGACUACACUUCAAGGUUGUCAUUAUGCUGUUUUCUGGCAGGCAAUGUUGACCGCCACGGAAGCAGGGUGUUCCUGCUGUUGACACACAGCUCUUCGGGUGGCCUGCCUCUGGGGGUCAUCAUAACGUCGAACGAGCAGGAGCGGACCAUCGUUGAAGGGUUGCAGCUGCUGCAGACCAUCUGUCCAGCUGGUGCCUUUGGGGGAAAUGGUAAUGAUGGGCCAGCAGUCUUCAUUACUGAUGACUGCACCGCAGAGAGGAAGGCCCUCCAUGCUGUUUUCCCCCAAUCUGUACUUCUCCUCUGCUCGUUUCACCUCUUGCAGGCUGUGUGGCGGUGGCUAUGGGAUAGUAAACAUGGCAUCCAAAAACACCAUCGACAGGGCCUGUUCUUCCAUGUGAAGAACAUGGUCUAUGCUGAGGAUGCCACUGCUGUUGAGGCAGCUUUUGAGAGUGCCAUCAGUGAUCCUGCUGUUAUACGGUACCCUGGAUAUAGAGCAUAUAUCAACUCCUUAUAUGAGAGACGACAAGUGUGGGCCCAGGCAUUCAGAAUUGGACUGAGGAUUCGGGCAAACAACACAAAUAACUAUGCCGAAGCCGCCAUGAAGGUCCUCAAAGACUCCAUCCUUCAACGCUCCAAGGCAUUCAACGUGCCUCAGUUAUUAGACUUCAUCCUCUGCAGGUUUGAAGGAUUCUACCAGAGGAGACUUCUGUCAGUUGUCAACCAGCGCCCACUAAAGUGGAAUAUCCAAACCCACAACAGAUCCAAGAUCAGCAAAGAUGACAUUUCCAAAACUGGGGAGAGCACCUACGAAGUCACCAGUCAGAGUGAUCGACAAUGUCACUACACUAUUGACAUGGCAGUUGGUGUUUGUACAUGCCAUGAAGGUAUAACUGGGGGUGCCUGCAAACAUCAAGAGGCCAUUGUGACACACUUCAAAGUGGCAUCAAGCAACUUCCUCCCAACUUCUGCCAAGGAAAGGGAAUUGUUACUCAAAAUUGCAACUGGAUGUAAUGACAAUGUCCCGUCUGGAUGGAUGGACCCUCUUCAGUCCGUGGAGCCAAUGGCAGAAGAUGUGGCAGAACCACGAUUGCAAGAAACAGCACUGGUCAAUGGCCAUGGUGAUAUGCAGGAUCCCCAACUUGCUCGUAUUGACAGUCUACGUGUUCAGAGGGACUUCCAUAAUGCAUUUGACAGGCGUCUUCAUGGCAGCAGCUCCUCUCAAUGUAAGUAUAACACAGCUUAUUGCAAAUAUGUUUUGCUUUAAAUUUCAAAUUCAAGUUCAAUUUAUUUAAACCAAUCAAUCAUACAAAGAAUAACAUAUGAUGAAAACAAUAAAUACACAUACAAUAUUCUGAAAGAGAGGGUUAGGACCCCUUGGAUGCAGAGCUUGUAAUUGGAACCCCUAAGAGUUUGCCAAACCAAAAACUAUUUCUGUAAACAACUAGGUAUCUUUAAACAACUAUAAACAUGGUUAAAUGAAAUAUAAAAAGGGUAGGGAGAGUGGUAAAAUCAAGGGGUAUAGAAACGGAAAGAGGGGUGUGAGGGUGAGAUUGAGAGUGAGAGAGAAGAGAAGGAAAAGGGAAGAAAAGCUACUGUUGUGGGAAAGGUGAAAAACAAUUAUUGUGAGCUUUCAAAUUCUUUUCAUGUUAUUUAGGAAGAUUAGUAAAAAGAUCCACUACAAAAGAUUGUUGUUCAAAUGACCUCACAUUCAUAAUAAGAGAAAAGCAGCUCAAAUGUUCAGACCGAACAUUUGUGUGUAGCCACAUACAUGCAUAUCUGUGUGCAGUGCAUGUGACUCUCCUAGCAGAAUCAAGUUGAUUUCUUAUCAUUUUGGUGAUACCAAAAGCAUACACCAAUUCUUAGAUGCAUUAUAAUAAACCUUUCCCAAUCACUUUGAGACAGUUCUUCCACAUUUCAAUCUCAAGACCAGAACUAAACUUUAUCUAAAGGAGAACAUGCAUUUAAGUUUCAUAGGAUUUUAUAUUCUGAUAUUUUAAUAUAAAAAGGCUGGUCAAUCGUGUUUUUAUUAUUUUAAAUAACCAUUUAUUACCUUAGGUAGUGCAUCCAAUGCGUAAAUCAAAUCGAACAGGUACAUGUAGCUCUGGAUAAAUGAAUGUUUUCAAUAUUUGAAAUGGGAUGAAUGAAGGCCGGAGAGCCAAAAUUCUCAUUAAUUUUGGGAGAUAACUAGAUCACAUGUCGACGGUCAGAAAGUUGUUGAGUAACAUAUACAUGUAGGGCCAUUAUUAUUUUGGUACAUGCUUAUUGGAUCAUAAUGCUCUGGUUAAAUCAACAAUUAAAAUAAGGAAGCUAGAGAGAAUCUUCUUGAUCCCAAAAUUUAAGACAAACGUAAAUAAAAAAAAUAAUACAAGAAAAUUUCCAAAAUAUAUUCCAGUUCUCUUAUUAUAUUGUUCCAGAUUUUCUCAUGUGUUUUAUUGCAUGCUACAGUCCACUCCCGUUGUAGUGAGGUGCUCGGGACCAAACCAAUUACCUCGUUAUAAUGAAAUCUCAUUAUAUCAAAGAUACUGACCACAUAGGUUUAUACAUGAAUAUUUUAAAAUUGGGCCCUGGAGAAUUGCCUCGUUAUAACGAAAUCUCGUUGUAUCCGUGCUCGUUAUAUCGGGAGUGGACUGUUUGAUCAUGGACGUUGAAUUCAUAAUUUGUUGAUCAUCUUCAUUAUAAUGACCCAUUAGGAUUUGUCCAUCUGUCAGUCAUCAUGAUAUCUCAACAACCACUUGAGACAUGAACUUCAACCUUGAUUAUAGUAUGUAUCACCAUUAGGAAGACGAUCUGAUUAGAUUUUGGAGUACGUAAGUCAAAGGUCAAGGGUCACAGAGGUCAUUAUCUGGUGUUUUGUGUCAUCAACAUAUUAAGAUGUUGAGUGUGGCAGGGUGAAUAGUUAAACAUAGGCAGAGGCAUAUUGGAAUGAAGUCGCACACAUCAAGUUUCUAACAUGUUAGUGUUACUUACCAGCAUGAAGUCUUGUCCAUUUACAGAUUGUUAUGAGCCUGCAGAAUGAUUGAAGGUGCCUGACAAGUAUUCGGAAAUGUGCAUGAUAUAUUGUCACUGUUUUUCAUUCAUGUGCAUGACCUAACUCUUUUCACAUUUUUUGUCUUUCAUCCGUAUUACAACUAAACCAUUAUUUACGAGGGAUCGCUUGGAUAACAUCCGAGCACAUUUCACUCCACAAUCUGAUGACCUUGUGGAAAGAGUCCACAACAUGUUCUUAGAGAUGGAGGAGAAGCUUAAGCAGGACCCUGCCACAUUUGCAGAGCCCUUUAAGGCUAUGCUACAGUCUCAUAGGAGGCUUAAGACUGAUAGCAGUCUCACAUCUGCUAUCAGAAUGUAUGGGAGAUACAGUGGCGUCAACCUUGCCAGGCGCAAGGUUAAGCCCAAGGUAGGUAUCCUUAAGACUUCUGGACCUAGCAUUGGCGUGCAGCCAACAGCCAUUGCUCGCAGAAGAGUGAAGAUUGGGGGGAGGAGAAACUUGACAUCGGGACGUCCGACCAAGCAGGCAACAGUUGAAGAACAUGGCUAUGCCAAAGGUGGUCAGUCAUCACAGUCAUCACAGUCAUCGCAGCUUCCACGUAAAAAACGUGCAGCUGCACCACAUAAUCUGAACCAUGCGGUCACAAUGUGCCAAUCUCUAGGCAAAACCCAUAGUAAAACAUAGUUUUUGUCUUGCCUGCGUACAUGUAUAUAGACGUCACUCUUUCCGACGUCAUUGUCGGCAUCAACAAUUAUGUUGUACUCACAAUAAAUUUCCAUAGCCUUUAGGUAGUAUCACCAAAUUCACACCAGUGGUACUUGCAUCUCUUGAAGACUCGGGUCGAGUUCGAAUAUGGGUCAUAUUCGACAAAGUUCAAAGGUCAAAAAGUCAAUGAACUUUAUAUGAAAAGCAUUGUACACACAAACUUAUCCAUAGCUUUGAGGGAGUAUUGCCAAAUUUACACCAGUGGAAACCUUUAAUAAUGAUGAGGUUCCUGGGACCUGAAAAUUUGGGAUAAAGGAAAUAUUAUUAUAUGUUAUGUUGUUAUAUAUAUUAGGUCUAUUAUUUAGAUUUAGGGUUUUAGAGGCAACGAUAUUUUUGGAGGUCCGUCACGGUCGUCUCAGAGAGCUAAAAUAUUAAAUCUCAUUUCUUAACGUCUAAGCCUAUGGAGAAUUCAUAAUAACAUAAAAUAUUGGACGCAAUGAACAUUCUGCCACGCCCACAAGAUUAUGAUUGGUCAAUACAUGAUUGUGUGCAUUCAGCUAACGUGAAGUAACAAUAAAACCUAUGUUGCUCUUUUUUAUUUUUCCUCUUAAGCCACGCCAUUAUUAGUGAUUGUGCGCAUGCAGCUAUUAAACGUGACGUCACCAUAUGAAAUUGCACCAUCCAAGUAACUACUUCGUUUUCAAUAAUUGUAACGUCACAAUAACUUCAAGUAACAACUUGGAUUGGGAUAUGUAAAUUCUAGAUGUUCGACUUUGUACAGGUAAAUGAUUAUAUUAGUGUUACGGUAGGCCUACUGUUUUCUUGAAAUUCAAACAUUUUUAACUUUUCAUGUUAGUUGUGCACCAGCACCACAUAAAUGCUUGGGAAAUUUCAUAUUUGCACUCGUUUCAAGCUUCAAUUGCCAAGAUGCAGUUUACAAGUACAUGUACUAGUAUAUUAUAAAAAAUGGUGAAUAAAUCACAAUAUCUCUGUGGAGUAUCUAAAUAAUAAUUAUAAUAUUGGAUGAUCAAUUUUCGCGAAAUACGUGAAAUAUUGUUACUCGCUGAAGAAAAAUAUUUUCACGUAUCAUCCAUUAUUAUGUGUAUUCAGUUCGUUAUCUCCAAAGUAAAGUGCGGUGCACACCUCUGCGCCCAUGAAUCCGCCUAUGUUCAGAUCUCUUUUUAUCUACAUGUGCAUGUAUUUUCAAAUAAAAAUUUCUUAUAGUCAUUUCUUGCAUCUAAAUCUUAACACACUGUCAAAUUAUCUGUUCAAAUUUCUACUAUUGUUUGCUUUCACUUUUACUACAUAUUUCUUCUUUAUAUAACUAUUUAUGCAUACACAUACUCCUGUAUCUUUUGUAUUACUUCUCUGACAUUGAAGGAUUAGAUUACCUUCACGAAAAAAAAAAGUAUAUGAAUGUAAAGCAGUAAAUAAAGUGCAAAUGAAUUCAUGUAAAA